GGGGCCAGCACGCUGACGUCAUCAGGCACUGUGGCAGCUGCUGGGGAAACAGGGAGAGAAAGAAAGAAAAGAGAAAGAAAGAAAGAAAACAAAUCACAAGAAAGGGAUACAAAACGGUAUCUGCCAAGCUGGAGUACUGGGGGAAGAUGGCCACUGUUGUCAACGGCAUGGUACAGCAGGACAGCCCCAGUUUCAGCACCACGAACAGCUCCGUUAGAAUGAAUGGUCUCAGUCACAGCCAAAGCACCAUCCCAAUGAAGGAUCAUGAUGCUAUUAAGCUGUUCAUAGGGCAGAUCCCUCGAAAUCUGGAAGAAAAGGACCUCAAACCCCUCUUUGAGGAAUUUGGCAAGAUCUAUGAACUGACUGUACUGAAGGACAGGUUCACUGGCAUGCACAAAGGGUGUGCUUUUCUUACAUACUGUGCCCGGGAGUCUGCUCUGAAGGCCCAAAGUGCAUUACAUGAACAGAAGACGCUUCCUGGGAUGAAUCGUCCUAUCCAGGUAAAGCCAGCUGACAGCGAGGGUCGAGGGGAGGACAGGAAGUUAUUUGUGGGUAUGCUUGGUAAGCAACAAAGUGAAGAUGAUGUCAGAAGACUGUUUGAGCCAUUCGGGCAGAUAGAAGAAUGCACCAUCCUUAGGGGUCCUGAUGGAGCCAGCAAAGGCUGUGCCUUUGUGAAGUUUGGAACACAUGCUGAGGCCCAGGCUGCUAUCAACAGUCUUCAUGGCAGUCAGACCAUGCCGGGAGCAUCUUCAAGCCUGGUGGUGAAGUUUGCAGACACUGACAAGGAGCGGACUCUCAGGCGCAUGCAUCAGAUGGCAGGUCAGCUUGGCAUAUUUAACCCCAUGACCAUACAGUUUGGUGCAUAUGGAGCAUAUACACAGGUGAUCAUGCAGCAGCAGGCGGCACUGAUGGCGGCAGCACAGGGAACAUGUCUAAACCCGAUGGCAGCAAUAGCAGCAGCACAGAUGCAGCAGAUGGCAGCUUUCAAUGUCAGCGGACUGGUGGCCACGCCCAUGACUCCCUCCUCAGGUACAAGUACCCCACCAGGGAUUGGAACAGCAACAGUACCCAGUAUUGCAACCCCAAUUGGGGUAAAUGGUUUUAGUCCUCUCCCUCCACAGACCAAUGGCCAACCAGCAACAGAGACUAUCUACACAAAUGGCAUCCAUCCUUAUCCAGCACAAAGCCCUACUUUGGCAGAUCCUCUACAACCAGCCUAUGCAGGCAUACAGCACUAUGCAGCAGCAUAUCCAGCAGCAUACGCACCGAUAAGUCAAGCAUUCCCACAGCAACCACCUAUAAUGCCUCAGCAACAAAGGGAAGGUCCAGAAGGAUGCAACCUGUUUAUCUAUCACCUUCCUCAAGAGUUUGGAGAUGCCGAGCUCAUGCAGAUGUUCCUGCCAUUUGGAAAUGUCAUCUCUGCCAAAGUCUUUGUAGACCGAGCCACGAACCAAAGUAAAUGCUUCGGAUUCGUCAGCUUUGAUAACCCGGCCAGUGCUCAGGCGGCUAUCCAGGCCAUGAAUGGCUUCCAGAUCGGCAUGAAGAGGCUAAAGGUUCAACUAAAGAGGCCAAAGGAUGCCAACCGACCUUACUGACCCAUCACUAUGCCCUCUCAGAACAAGGACAGGUGAUGGAGCCUUUAUCGUUCACAAGUGCAGUAUUGGAAUAUUGACUCUCUUUCUUUGCUACGAAUCAUGCCAGAGAAGCAGUGUUGUGUGAGGGGGGAAGCAAAAAAUAAAUAAGUAAAUAAACGAAACAAUAAAAAAAUUAUGAGUGAAACAAUGAGAAGAGAACUUUGCAAAUGAGACUGUGUUAACAGCUAAAGAAGAUUCUUUAUUGCAGCAUUUGCAUUUUUGAGAGACUGAAGAACAUUAGAUGAAAUGAAGUGAAUUUUACCUUCAGGCAAUGAUUUGCUGCUGUCGUGACAUGAAGAACCUUGUAAUCAAGUCAGAGAAUUAACCAAAGCCAAUAGGCUUAAUGACUGAGUGCCUAGUCUGGUAUUUUGGAUGAAGGUCUUUAAGGGAGGAAGAUGGGGCUGUCUAGAAAGUUAAUGAUAUAAAGAGAAGGUGAAAUGCAGCUGAGCCCUUCUUCAGUGGCACUGAGAGAGACAAGUUUUACGUCUUUCAAAAAUCGCAUCAUUCCUUAGAGUUUAGGGACCAAAGGACUAUUGCUUUUUUUAUAAAAAAAAUUACAAAAGUAUUAUAAAAUAUAACUGUAUCUUAUAGCUGCAACCUUUAAAAACAAUAAAAAAAAAGAAAAAAUGCAUUAUGUCUAGUUUUAGGAUAAGCCGAAGGCUUAGUUUGUGGCAAAGCUGUAAUCUACUGUUUGCAAGAAAGAUCACAACUAGCAGAUGUAAUAACUGCCAAUUGUUUGUUUGGGGGGAUGGCUGUAGACAAUUUGUAAAUUGUCAUUUGGUUGCUUGGCUGUUAGAAACUUUUUUUUAACUUAGCCUUUCCUUGUAGUUAGAACACAAAAGACAAUAGGAGCAGAAAACUUUAUUGUAGAAAAUCAAAUGUUCGCUUUCAGCCUAUCCAUUGGAAGACAAUCAUUAAUGGAAGAAGGCGAAAGUGAUUUGUUACUUAUUUGCUUAAUUAUGUUCAAUGAAAAGGGGUAGUUUAGUUUAAAAAAGGUAUUGCUAAACAGAAGGAAUGUUUGAUGUGUGAUAGAGUUUCAACAUCACAACAUAAACCAGUUAUCAUGAUAACCUCUAGUCUUGCUGUUGCUAUAUACCAUGCAUAGGUCAUAUACUUAGCAAUCCAUCAAAAUCCAGAGGCAAAGUUUCCCCGCAUAUUAGAAAAUGUUUCAGUACAACUUAGGAAUCCUUGGACACCAUAAUUCUCCUUUUACACACUAGGCCUUCUCUGUCCUACACACAUCCCAUAGUUAUGUCAGUAAAGAGAGGCAUGACAUAACAAAGCCCCAGGGAGCAACCAUACAUUUUUCAUAUUGUUAAUAAUAACCCCAGUAUUAUUCCCAACAAUAAAAGCUAUCACCAAUAAAGUGUAGUCUUUCAGCUUUGCAGUUCUUGUGGCAUCAACACCUAGGUAGUUAGAAAUGUUUAACACACUUGCAUCUAGUUUCUUUAAGCCUGCAGGUUAUGCUGUGUAUAUUAUUGUACACUUUGUUCAUUCUGCACUAAUUUUUCGUCUUAGUAUUGUUCCCAGCUCUCCUUUCAUCUCUGACUGCAUUAGUUCAGAGCCAUGACUUAUUUAACAUUGCCUAUACUAAGGUUUAAAUCUUACAGUAUGUGACAGAUUUAAUAUUCAGAAAAUGCCUACUUCAUUCUGUUAACGAACAUUUUUUGAAACUUUUAAUUUUUAAGUUUGCAUAUGUGGUAAAAUAGAUUUCUUACAAAUGUUGGCACAGUGCAUAACAUGAUUUAAUGAAAUGAGUGUGAAGGUAUUUCUCUUUGUGCAAGAUACCUACACCAAUAUUAUAGCAUUAUCUGCAUACCUCGUUGGUCCAUACAUUUCAGAAUGCACAAUAUGCUACUAAUUAGGGAUAGGUCCAUGACUACUGGAGAACUGCAAUUCAUAAAAUCUCCCUGAAAAAGAAAUGGCUAGGUAACUUAUCACAAUAAGUAAAUAAAUAAGUAAAAGAGCCAUCCAGACUCUGCCCGUAAUUAUAAACAAAGGUCGGCCCUAAGCAGUGGUAAUUAAAAGAGUGAAAAAAAUAAAAAUAAACUUUGGCAACAGCCCGCCUUGGUUCUUCAAAUCUUUCUAGGGACAUAAAUUUUAUCUUUAAAACAAUUUCUUGUUCAUCGUCAGAAACAGUGUGCAAAACAGGACUAAAACUAACCUUGUUAGAAAUAAAACAUCCAAAGAAUUAAUACACAUAUCAUUUAAAUGAGCUGGCUUAUAGGCAAAAAUGAAGUUUGAAGAUCCAAGCUUGAUAUUGACACAGUUUAUUUUUAUUCUUUUUUAUUCCCUGACCUUUAACCAUACUUUCUUUAUCUUUAUUUCAUGCAAAUGUUAUAUAUUUUCCAUAUUUCCAUUAUCUUACUAGUCAACUCACACCUGUUCUUUUUAAACAGAUGCACAUUGCUGCUUGGUGGGUAAUUGUGUUUACUACAUUGUGAAGACUGCUUCAGGAUACACUCCUUUCUCUCUCUCUCUCUCUCUGUUUCUGUCUCAAACACACACCUACACACACACACAAAACAAGGAUGUAUAAAAUAUGUUUGGCACACCUAAUACUAUGUCCCCUCUCCAAAAAUUACUGUACAACAAAAUUAUGUAAUUUAUAAGUACAGUAAUACAUGAUAAGUUGUGCACUGAGAAGAUACUUGCAGUGGCAUCAUUUCACUAUAUAUCCCAGCAUGCUAGCUUCUUUAUUUAGAGGCCCUCUACUAGCCCAGCUACCAUGAUACAUGACAUCUGCCGUAGGCCAAUGACUUAGCCCUCCAACCCACUUAUAACAGAUAAUUUCACACCUAUAUGGCCAAGUAUCAGCUAAAUUCUGAAAAUACAAAAUGAAAUUAAUUUGUUAAAUUUGGCAGCUGAAAUGUAAUCUCAUGUGGAAUUCCAAAUAAUGAAACUUUUUUCCUAAACUCUGUUUAAUUCCACUGGCAACAGAAUCUUAACUGAUCUCAGUUCCAGAACAGGAGUUUAUUCAAUAAGUUUUGUAUUUAAUUAUUUAUUUAUGAUAUCUUUUCUAGAUGAUUCUUACUAACAUGAGUGGAAGAGGCACAUACCUGAAAUGGUCAGAAAUGAAAUAAAAUUACAUACAACAAUAAACAUCUGGAACAGAAUAAUUAAUAUUUUUUUCUGGAAUAGUUAGUAUAACACUUUAAUGUGUACUGUUCAGUAUGUGCCACUUUCAUAUGAACAGGUGAAAGUGUGAAAAAAGUAAUAGGAAAAAUUCUGUACAUGAGAGAACAAAUGACACAAUAAAUAACAAAGGCCUCAUACAGUAGGAGUUCUUAUUUAUAACUAUAAUAACAGUCAAAAAUAAAAUACAUCAAUACCACCAGAUAAACCAUUUUUCAAAAAUUCCACAAUGUAAUCAAAUAAAUAGACCUUUAUAAGGUUAAAUGCUUUCAUCUAAAAAAAAAAAAAAAACAGGACUUCAUCAGAAGUGAUGUUACAAAAUAUCACAGACUUAAAUAAUUAAGUAGUCGCAUCACAUUGGCUAAGUUUACAGUGUACUAAAGAAAAAAAAUCAUUUUUUCUGCAAUUAAAAUACUUUUUAAGUUAAUUAUAAAAGUAGUAUCCUCAUAAAAAUGUCUGAUAAGUAGGUAACAACCCACCAUUCCAAAGAAGUUAAUUAGUAGCUAUUAAGCAUUGAUAAAACACACACACACACACACACACACACACACACACACACACACACACACACACACACACAGCGGAUGAAGUUCCAUAUAUGUUUCAGUUCAUAAUUUAGCAGUGUAUGAUUUUAAUACAUUGUUAGUUAGACCAGGGAUUUAGCCUGUAUUAAGUUACAGCUUCCAUAUAAUUUUUUUACUCUAAUUUCAGUUCCCAUGGACCUCCCCAGGGUAGGGUGAGAACAUGCUCAGGAAUAACAAACAAAACUUAGAAUACUGUUUACAUUGCAAAGUGUGCCUAAAAAGUGCAUUAUUGUCAUUUUUAUUUUGUAUGUCAUAAUUGUGUUCAUAAAUACAACUGCGUAUAGUUCUCUCCUUCUUGCUUACAUAAAAAUAGUGACAAUAAUGACUCUCCUUCUUGCUUACAUAAAAAUAGUGACAAUAAUGACAGAAACAUAAAUAGACCACUCCUUUCAUGUCACAUGUAUAUUUUCUAUUAACUAUUAAUUCAUUUGUUGGGCCCUUUUGGUGGCAUAGAGGGAUAAAGCCCCGAAUACAACACAGGUGUUCGACAGACUUGGCAGGGAGGACGGGAUAUUCCUAUCCUGGGGGUGGGUGUGGAAGGUAUAUGAUGAUGUCUCUCUAGAUGAUUUCUAGUGGAGGUUGGAGCUCAGGGAAGUUGGACGUCAGGCUGGAAGGGCAGGAUAUAUGGUCAGCGUAUGCCCGUUAGGGCCCAGGAUGAAGCACACUGUAGUUUCCUAUGCCCAGCCAAUUGUAGCUUGUGCUAGGCAUGUAGGGGAGGGGAUGUAGACCUAUAAAAAUUCCCAAGAAUCUGUAUAUGAUGGCAACAUUUCUGACAUUCAACCCCUGCCACCGCUGAGUGAAAGAUAACUCAUAAGUUGAGCUCUCAAAUGGAAGGCAGAUGGGCUUAUUGGUCACGGAGCACAACUUCAAGGAAAAACAGGGGUCCUGGAUGAAAAAAGAAACAAUUUAUUUGUUAGAGUAUUCAGCUUCAGUUUUGGCCUUGUAUAAAUGAUCUAUGACUAAGGACAAAGAAAUGGAUAAUAGGAAAAAACAUUGAAUUUCAAAGAGGAAAGAAACAAAAAGUCAAGCAAAUAAGUAGUUACAUUAGUUGAAAGACAUAUUGCAAUGAAUUAAAUAUUUCUUAAUAGAGUUUCCAUUUUAAUUACCUCAACAUUAGAAAUACAUUUGAAACCAUGGCUAUCUUGGGAAAAGAGUGCUUUACAAGGCAAGAAAAAAACAGAAGAAUGAAAAUAAAAGAGAAUUUGAACAAAAUUGACUGUUGUUAAAAACACAACCACUUUGAUAAUUUCUAAUUCAUUUCCAACAAAGAAACAUCAUGAAAACAAUGAAGUUAUUGUGCUAUGAGACAUCAUUUAAAACUAGAAUCUAUUUAUUUUAGCAGUUUUGGCCAUGACCUAGUUAGGUGAAACUGUUUAAAUAUUCAUAUAGCAAUAGAAUAUGAAAAUUAGAAUUGCAGUUCAACAUAAAUGGUAAAUAUGUAUAUAAAAUGUGCAUAACACGUUAUUUAUUUAUUAAUUUAGCACUUGAUAAAUGGAUAGGUUGACUGGUUAAAGAUCCUUUAUCAUGACAAACCAGGCUACCAUGUAGCUACCUGAAAUUAAUAAAAGAUGUACCAUACAUGACUAUAUAAUCAAUUUGUGCAUAUAGAAAACAUCAGUAAAUACUUUUGUGUCUUAUUUAGAUAGAACCACAGGAUAUAAUAAUGCCUGUAGACUCAGCGGGGACAAGGUUUUCACAUCAGCAUAGCCAUCAAUGCUUUCAUAACAUUGACUAAAUUCUAAAGACAAACGCAUUUAUACAUCAAUACCACCGUGACUGUUCAUAUCAAAUUUAUUAUUCAUCUCUCAUAUAUUUUAAAACCUUUUAUGAAAUAUGAAACAUUAGCAGUCUUCCUUUAGGUGCUAAAGUAUUUUGUUUUUCCUUUAAAUAAGGGAAGCUUAUCAACAUAUAAAGCAACUGUGAUACAUUUAAAUGUUUUCCAGCUAAGCUCAGCUUAGUGUAUAACUCAUGAACAUCUGGUCAGAAUAUUAUCCUUAAUCCAGAAGUGACUUGCACUCAGUCCAUAAUGGCUGACAGCUAUUAAGUCUUUUUUUAUGCUGAUAUAUUCCAAAACAUGUGUACUAUCUGUUGUGUGCAUAGCCGGCCUUAGGCAUAGGCCAACUAAGCGGCCACCUAGGCCGCCGCUUUAGUAGGGGCAAUUUUCCAGUAUUUAUUUGGUGUAGGUAGACCAGGAAGGGGGAACUGGGUGGUGUAGUGGGGGGUGCCUUGGUGCCCUUUUGCCUAGGGCACCAGUUAACCUAAGGCCGCUCCUGGUUGUGUGUUAUCUGUAUUACAAAAAUAUUGACUGUAGUAACCGUUCACUAAUACAGUGUGUCAUUGCUAAUGACUAUGGGAGUCAGUCAUGGUUGUAAAAUCACUGCAUGAUUACAACAUGACAGCACUACCAGGCAGAAACAGUUAGCUCUAGGCCACUGUACUAAACAAAACAUGGGGAAAUUUGCAUGCACAAAGAUAUAGCUAGCAUUACAGGCACCAUGAAGAAGGUAGUAAAAAUCAUGUUGUCAUGCGACAACUGGUAGCAGUCUUAUUGGUAUUCUUUUUUUUGUGCAUUCUCAUGAGGUGAACAUUAAUUACCAAAGGCUGGCAUAAGCAAGGACAUAGAACAGUUACUGCCAAGUGAGAGCAAUACUUGUCUGCAUCACCCCCUAACAGUAAACAGCAGCACAUCUCGGCUGCAGAAGACACCCAGGAAGAAAGUGCUUAUUAUGUAACAUUUCUCAAAAUACACAUGCAAAAGGGCCAUUUGAUUACUCUAAAUGGGCUGUUUUUCCAAAGUGGUAAAAUAAAAUUACCACUACAAAAAGGUAGCCAUUCACAAAAAGCCAAAAAUGGAGCAUGGCACACCAUUAUGAAGCUGAUUGCAAACUGCACAAGAAUAAAUAUUAAAAUAUAUUGUAGCUACACCAUGCAUUUUCAAAGUGACCAGGCCCAGUAUUUUUAAUACUAAUAUAACCCUUUUUGUUUUUGUAAGAAAAGAUGACAGAACAUUGUUUGAUGCAUGUAGAAAAAAAAAAAAUAAUUGCCAUUGAGGGGCUACAUUUAAUUAAAGACAUUCAUAAAUAAGCAGAUACAAAGAACACUGACAACUUUUCUCCACCAAAACCUUUCAGUACAAGAUGGUAAGUACAACAAGAAGCUCUACCUGUCCUUUGUCAGACUCGCUUAGAAAAAGUAAAUAAUAUCUUACAUAUAAAAGUUCCAUAUUUAACCAUACUGGGACCAAUGGCCAUGCUAAUUUAUCCACACGCAUCACUGUUUGCACACUCCAGUUCCUCGCAUGGAUAAGCCACGCCACUCAAGACUAAAACAGCAUGAGUGCCAGGUCCAUUAGUGAUUUCCUCUAGUCCCUUCAUUAAAGCAAGUGUCCCACUUUAUUCAUGACUGUUACCACAACUGCCCAAGCUGGUGUGCGAAAUCAUAACCAGAAUAUGAACAGACUGCCAGGGUUUACUGCAGCUAUGGCACUAUUUCCAGGCCCACAGUUAACUGGUAUUCAUGGAUACCAAGACCGCCAUCUUCCUAGACAUGUUCUGUGCAAGUAUUAAGUAUGUUUAAUGAUUGGUAAUUCAGUUACAGGAUAAUAUAGAACAUACUGUCAGGUAAAAAUAUGCAAAAAAAAUUUAACAUUGUAGCAGUUAAUGAAACCAUGAUUACCUGUAUUAGAAUAUUCAUGAUGGUAGCAUGGCAGUCAGAGGAACUACAGUUACCCAUUCUAUGAUAUUAGUGGUUCUUGCAUGGCAAUUGAUGUAAAUGAGAUUACCAGUGCUAAGAGGCUGCACUCACAUUAACAUGUUCCUUAAUGUGAGCAUGCACACAACAUUGAUCACCUUUCACCAUGGAAACCUUUAAGUGUUAACAUGGCAACUGCCAUAGAGGUGCUACUGGGGCAAUCAGUGGAACUAUGAUUGCCUGUACUGUGAUAUUAAUGGUGCUAGUGUGUCAGCCAAUGGGAAUGCGAUUACCUGCACAUUCAUAUUAGUACUGCUAGUAUGGCAGUCAAUGGUACCAGUUAUCUGUGUUAAGAUAUUACUAGUACUAGGCAUCGAAAAUGAACUCUGUCUGUCAGAUUCUAGCUCCACAGUGGAUGUCUGAUGGUCCAGAGGUUGUGAUAGCAGCACAGAUUCCUAGAAGCCUGUGUCCAAAUCCCAUGAUCUAGCUAAUAAUAGAGAUUAACGGAAAGUAUUUUAUAGUGUUUGAGGGCUAGCAUAAGGUUUAAGGUGUUUAUCUCACAGACACAGGAUGCAUGGUUUGUUUCUCACCUUUAAGAGAAACUGGCCAGGCUUAAAAUGAUCUGCAAGGGCAGCUAGCCUAGUACUUAUCUAUGAACCUAUGAAAAUGUCUUGUCUUUAUACACAGACAGGAAUAAAUUCCUCUAGUAUUGGGGAGGUCUACACCUGACAUACAGGGCACUGUCCGAUCCCACCUCAUGCAUAUCAACAAAACAAAUAGCACCAGAAUUACCAAUUUUAAAGACUUAAACCUUGCUUGUGAUAUAAAUAGGACC